AUGAUAUGUUCAUCAUCAUCAUUAACGACGACGGGUCAUAGUUUGAACAUUGGACAUCAUCAUCAGGGGUUUCAUCAACUUUCUAAUGAGUAUGUUGGUUCACCCUCACAGCAAUUAGACUUGAAUAAUGGUGGCGAUUGUCAUCAGCAGCAACUCUCCACCAGUACAACCAUGAUUCAUGACUCUCCAUCGUCGACGAUACAUCCAAAACAACAAUACCAAUCUUCAUCAGUGUCGACUUGCCAAAGUAAUCAUCAUAAUAAUAACAAUACCACCUCUUGUCUGAAUAAUGUCCACCAUGAAUCAUCGACACAAUCCUCUCCACCAAUCGUCAUUACCACACAACGUUCAUUGGCCAUAACAGCUCCAUCACCAUCCUCCCAUGCCUUUGGUACUAGUAAUUUGAGUCCAUUUUCGUUCAAUGGUAGCAGUGGUUCAAGAGAUAGAGCAAUUAGUUCUCCUCCUCCUCUUGCACACAUGAAAAAACACAUGAUAGGUGGUAGCAGUAAUACUCCUUCUGUUGCCAGUAAUGCUUCACCAAAUAGUAAUCAUAGCAGUGGAGGUAGUGGCUUAACAAGUCCCAACUGUUCUGACCAAAUGAAUUUGGAUGAUGAUUGUGUUGUGGAUCAAGUUUAUGAAGAGAGACCAAGAAGAUUCUCUCUCCCCUCUAAUGAUCUUAUUAAUAUGCCAUUCUUUAGACAAAAACCACAAAAUUUGACAAUAUUUCAAUUAUUUAAUCCAGACACGCCAAUCAAUGAACCUGAAAUUGAGCUGAAGGAUAUUACUGGUAUGACUGUACUUUCACAUUCAGAUUGCAAGGAACAAUACGAAAUGUUAGUGGAAGAGUUGAAGGAAUUCAACUUGUACUUUUCUUGUGACAAUAUCUAGAGUUUCAUAACAUGUAAAUAGUCAAUUGUAACAACACUCUAUCGAGCAACAUUGUGUUUUCUAAUGACAAUAACACCCUAAAUCCCUAACCCUAAUAAUGUGAAUAAUAAACAAAUAAGUUAUUUAU